CAGGCACCUCUUCUUCGCGCGGCGCGCCCGGGGAUGAACGGAGGUUUCCCCGGCGCUCCAAAUCAAUAGCAGUUGUUUUACUGUCGUAGCCGCCGUUGCCUGCACUGACGUACCGGUCCGCCGUCGCGAGCAUCCAGACCAUAGCACUACGGUUGUGUUCAAGGACAGACUGGCAACUGCAUAUCUCUUCUGAAAUCAAAGUACAAUACAAAUUCAGCUUACUGUGCCUUCCGUUCUUCUGCCAUAAGGGCCAUUCGAAGUCUUCCAAGUGCCGUGCUCUUAACUGCGGCAGUCACAGCAUAAAUCUAUAAUAGAUAACAGAAGCCACACUCUCAUUACGCUUCACAAUGUACCGGACACUCUCAUCAGCCUCUUCCCUGGACGAAAUUAGCGCCAGCUAUGAUGUCCCGAUAGUGGACCCCGCUUCUGUUCCAAAGCGAGAUGUAAAAGACGAUUUGUAUCGCUUGGCUCAGGAGUCCUUGAACUGGAAUAGAAAACAUUGUGUUGGAACCUAUUGGCAGACAAUGAUUCUGUAUGGCCACAAAGCGUCUUUGGAAUCUCUGAGCGAUCCAGACUGGAGUCAGGAAUCUCGAGUCCUCGUUCUUUACACCGGAGGAACCAUUGGUAUGGUCAGGAAUGAAAGAGGACGUCUGGCGCCCAUUCCCCGGGAACUGGAGAUGAACAUCAGGCGUUACCCGCACAUGCACGACGAAAUCUACGCCCAGAAGCGCUUCGCCUCCCACACAAACCCUCCGCUGGUUCUGCCAGACUGCAAGGAGAAAAAUAGAGUGGUCUAUUGGGUCUACGAAUAUGAGCCACUUCUGGAUUCCUCCAACAUGACUAUGGACGAUUGGAUUCGUAUCGCAAAGGACAUAAGGGGCGUUUAUGAGAUGUUCGACGGGUUCGUCGUUCUCCACGGGACGGAUACCCUCGCCUACACUGCCUCCGCUCUUUCCUUCAUGUUAGAGAACCUUGGGAAGCCCGUCGUUAUAACGGGGUCGCAGAUUCCUCUCUUCGAAACCCGCUCAGACGGAAGGGACAACUUUAUCGGGUCGGUCAUCAUGGCUGGCAGUUACACCAUCCCCGAGGUGACCGUUUUCUUCAAUAACAAGCUUUAUCGGGGCAACAGGACCACCAAAGUCUCCACGGGCAGACUGCAGGCUUUCGACUCUCCCAAUAUGCCUCCGAUUGCUGUUGCUGGCAUCUCAAUUCAAGUCGACUAUCGCUCAGUUUUCCGGCCGACAAGGUUAGAGAAAUUCACUGUCUUCGAUCGCCUAAACAGACACGUGGGUCUGCUCCGCAUCUUCCCCUCCAUAUCUGCAGAGACUGUGAGAUCAUUCCUUCAGCCUCCGAUGGCCGGAGCGGUCAUCCAGACCUAUGGGGCCGGUAAUAUGCCCUCUAACAGGACAGACAUCAUGGAUGUCCUGCAAGAAGCCACAGAAAGGGGAGUCAUUUUGGUCAACAUCACUCAGUGUAUGCACGGUGCUGUAGACUCCAUUUACGAAACGGGAGAGGCCCUUGUAGACGCAGGAGUGACUGCCGGUCUGGACAUGACUCCUGAGGCGGCGCUGACGAAGUUGGCCUUCGUUCUGGCUAAGAAGCAGUGGGAUUACGAGACUAAGAAGAAGAUGAUGAUGUCCAACCUUCGAGGAGAAAUGACACCCGUGGCUCAGGAGGACCAUGGCGAGAACAGAGAGUUGGACGUCGUGGGCUCCAUCGCCAGGGCUCUUCAGUUGUCCUCCAGUGACGACGUUGAACACGUGAAGGAACUGCUCAUUCCCACGCUCUUCUUCUCUGCUGUUGUCAACGCCGACAUGUCUCGCCUGGAGGAAAUAUACAAUAACGGAAUAGAAAUAAAUAUGAAGGACGUAUCAGGGUGGACGGCACUUCACAUGGCCAUCAACGAAGGUCUGUUGGAUGUGGCCCUGUGGCUUCUGCAGAGAGGGGCGUCUGUUCACGUCAGGGACAAACAGGGCAUGUCGCCUCUGAAAGUGGCUGUGGAGGGAGAUCACCACAAGAUAAUCGAGGUCUUGGUGAAGACUGGUGCUCACCUCACGGACUCGCCACUGAGACUGGGGGAGUUGCUGGUUCAGGCUGCAGCCUCUGACAGCCCCAACAGACUGAUCUCCUACAGGCUAGCCGGCGUGGAUCUCUCGCUCUCGGAUCCCUGUGGAAGAACGGCUUUGCACGCGGCUUGUACGGUUGGUUCCGUAGACUGCGUCACAGAGCUUCUAUCGGCGGGAGUGCCCACGGACGUCAGAGAUCGCACAGACUUGACUCCCGUCAUGUGCGCGCAGAUCAACAACUACUCUGCGAUCGUCGACGCUAUCGCAGAACACGAAGAAAGAAAUGAACUUAUCCAACAAGGAAUGCAACGUUAGCCUAGUGACCACGAGCUGAGUUGGCGCCACAAUGUACUCGCUUAUGGAAAGGAGGGACAUAUUCGCCAUAUCGUUAACACAAUAUUCAUAUACCUCAUUUCUUUGAGGGAGCCAACUACCAGACUAUUGUGUUCUAGGCGAUUUGAUAGCUUUGUACAGCUACACUCUAGCUGUACAAAGCUAUCAAAUCGGUUAGAACACAAUAGUCUAGGAGUAAACAACGGUAGCAGUUGAUUACUCUCUGGGGUAAAACCAAGAAGAGGUGCUUGCGGAUGACAACCUCUUCUAGAGCAAUUUUUAUCACUAUGGAAGUUUUGCAAGAUAGAUUUUUAAUGGUUGUGGAGGAUUGAGAGACCAUUUAUAUAUAGUAUAGAACUUUGUAAGACGUCAAUUGAAGUUCUGGUGAACUGUUAAAACGUUUUGUCUGUACUAAUUGCGGAACCACUUUGUAUACAGUAUUUCCUCUUGGGUGAUGACUAUGCCAUAAGCACUAUAAGUUAUAUGACUCGUACAGAUUCAUGGCACUGCUUGCUAACCCAAGCAGUGUAUCAUGAUUAAAUACGAGCAAAAACCAAAUGAACUAAUUUAGUCUUAAAGGUUGGCAAGAUUCACCGGUUAAAUAUAAAAAUUUAUAUAAUCUUUGAAAGAUUCAUGAUGUUAUAAUAUUUGCCUCUUAAACCAGGAUAAUUUUCAGACAUUUUGUGAAACAUGUCUUGAAAACGCACGCCAAUGUUUAUUUUCCACUGAAUUUGCUUCAGCACAGCGCACAAAUGCACAGGAAGUCUUUUCCACUGAAAGGCCCUCUUGGGUUCAGUGUCUAGACUUAGACCCUGUGUGUCAGAACACACUUACAGUUUCACAUAGGCCAGCAGUCCAGUUCUUUCAUUAGACACUGUUGAACCAAAUGGGACCACUACCUCUUAACAACUCUGUACUGUACCAAGUGAAAUGUUUAGAUUCACGUGGCAUUCAAAAGAGAAAAUGAAAAAACUUCACUGCUGACCGACCAAUAACUGUAUGUUCGUUUUAAUUCUUGUUUCCUCGCCAUACCUCAAGAAUUCUUGCUUAAAGCAAUAAUCACUUUGACAAGCUAGCGUACCAUUCAUCAGGAAAUAUUGCCGAGAAUAGCAUCAGGCUUAACAUUAGUUAUUCUUUGGGAUGAAAAUUCCUAAGCAACGUCAGGUGCAUAGGUUUGCACGCAUAUUCCGUAUGCUAUGAAUAUUAAAGUUGGUGUAAUGUUUACGAGAGAAUUGGCUGUGAAGGAAAGUUUAGUUUAUAAAACUAUUUGUAAACUUUAAUAAUUGAUUUUUUUUAUCGUUUAUUAAAUUUUGUCUCAGCAAUGUACUGAAAAUUUAAAUUUAAAUACUCCGACAACAGGAUUUAAAACACUUAAAUCCAGUUUUACGUAAUUAUCAGGGGAUGAUUUACCAUCCUGGGUUUAAUAUUGAGAUUAACUUGAACCUGGUUCCUGACCAAUUGAAAAAACUAAUUUAAAAAUGCAUUAGAUCCUUGUUAAGACCCAGUCCAAAAAUGAGUGUCGAUGACAGUACAAGGUAAAAAGUUUCAGGUCUGUCUCAUCCAGGUCUCUGAUGUUUGUAGGUUAAGAAGGAGGGCACAAAGUUACACUGCAGUACAUGGAAAACUUCAGUUUUUUAAUGAUAAUAUUGAUAAUUUGGUGCUACUCCAGUAGGCGGUCUACCUAGGGGAUCAAAUGUGUCUCGCCGUGUUUAGUACUAGCCCUCGGGGAUCAAAGUGUGAUAAAGUGCACUUCGGGAUAUUUGAUCCCCGAGCGGAUAGUACUAAACACGGCAGAACACAUUUGAAUCUCCGAGGGACUAGUACUAAACAUGGCAGAACACAUUUGAAUCCCCGAGGGACUAGUACUUAACACGGCAGAACAUUUGAAUCCCCGAGGGACUAGUACUAAACAUGGCAGAACACACUUGAAUCCCCGAGGGACUAGUAUUAAACACAGCAGAACACACUUGAAUUCCCGAGGGGCUAGUACUAAACACGGCUGAACACAUUGGAAUCCCCGUGGGGCUAGUACGAAACCGGGUGAAACUAGAGGCACCCAGGUAAACCACCUACUAUAGUAGCAACAAUAAUUUUCCUCAACUGUAAACUGUCUUCAACACCCCACAUUAUUUUAAAAUGAGCCUUUUUCAAGUAUUCUGGAAUAUCUCGAUGCAGUAAAAACGUACGAGACAUGUGAUAAACGACGACUACUUGAAACGACAACCAUUCAAACCCUUUAUUCCAAUAAACUCCAGGAACCGCAAUAAUUUGUGAUAAUGAAUUUGUAAUGUGAUAUUUAUACCACAAUACUGUAAUACUUAAAAGCAUGAUUAAACCGUUUUCUCACAGCUAUAAUGGGUAAGGUUGAAAAAUCACAAAUAUUGGUGUGAUUUAAAUAUCAGCCAUUACCAUAUGAAGUGUUUAAAACUAAAGGACAGGAGUGCCAAGCAUUAACGUGUAUAUUUACCGGUUAGGUGUGCAGCAUAUGCUAUAGUACUUGGCACUAUGUCGUUUCUUAUAUCUUUGAAGCUGAUAACUAUAUACGUGUAAAAAAAAUUCUUCCAGUGUUGCAAUAUUAUAGUAGGUUAAGUUGAAUGAAAAAUGUAUUACUUUGUGAAUAUGGCAAGGGUUGCCAUAUAUUCAGCCUUUGUUUACUUUUUAAGUGUAAACUCUUUGUUGUAAAUAUUAUUUAUUUAAUAAAAUCUUGAAAUAUACCAAA